AUGACUUCAUAUAAUGAUAGACUUACUGUAUUAGAUGAUGAACUUAAACAACUUCAAGGUAUGACGGAUUGUCAAAUGUUAACUGAUGAUAUGGAUACUGAUAAUAAUGAAGAUGUUGAUAAAAGAUCAAUUUACGUUGGAAAUGUUGAUUAUUCUACUAAACCACAAGAAUUACAAGAGUUUUUUAAAUCAUCAGGACAAAUUAAUAGAAUAACAAUUAUGGUUGAUAAAUAUACUGGACAUCCCAAAGGAUAUGCAUAUGUUGAAUUUUCAAAUGAAGAUGCUGUUAAUAAUGCUAUUAUGUUAAAUGAAUCAUUAUUUAAAGAACGAAUUAUUAAAGUAAUACCUAAACGUAAAAAUAUACCAGGAUAUAAUCGUAGAAGAACUAAUAAUAGAACAAGAUCAAGAUAUCGUUCAUAUUCAAGGUUAAAAAAAAUAAAUUAUAUAUAUAUAAAUAUCAUUUUAUUUUAUAAUUUUAAUUAUAUAAUUUUAUAUAUUAAUUUUAUUUUAAUAUUAAUAUUUUUAUUUUAG